AAUAAUACAUCAGUAGCACAAAGUAUACAGUCAAAUGUCACUGUUUUUGUAGGGUACACUUAGGGUGCACUUUUUAUAUAUUUUUCAUUGUUAUUGUUUUGUUCUAUUUGGAAAAUCGUGUUGUGUGAUAACCUGGCUAUUUGUGUGUUUAUACACCGCCAACCUGAGAAUAACACAAAAAAAUAUUUGGACAAUAAUAUAAAAAAAUAGUUCAUAAAAAUGGGGUUUUCUUUACAACUGUCGAGAACAUUUUCCACCACAUCGUUAUUAAUGGUAAGACGUUUGGCCAAACGCUCUAAUCCAGGAUUGGGUUACCAACUAACAGCAAUAGAAGAUGCGGCUAAAGUUAUACAAAGUGAUCCCGAAGGUUUCGAAGGAUUGGAAAGUGAUUUAUUUAAUGCUCACAAAUCCCACAAGCAGCAUGAAUUAGAUUUGCAAAGACAGAAGGAUAAAAUAAGGCAACGCAUUAUAGAAAGGAAAUAUUUUAAGAAGGAUCAGCUACCGAACCUACUGACAUAUGCUGAAAAGGAGCAAAUAAAGUUUUUGCACUCAAGUGACAAAGAAGAAUGGACAGUUGAAAAAUUGUCUGAAAGUUUUCCGGCCAGUGCUGAAACGAUUUGUAAAAUUUUAAAAUCAAAUUGGAGUCCACUGUCGUCGAAAAGAAUACUUUCUCAUGAUACAAGCGUCUUUAGAAAUUGGGAAAGAUUUAAAAAAGGUGAAUAUAACGGAAAAAUUAGUUCAGAUAUGUACGAACAUCUUAAGAAGUUUGUUGAUAGGGAACCAAACAUUAACAUUUUACAUGAUCCUACAAAAAGUUUUCAAAAGAUGCAGUGGCAAAAACCAAAGAGCAACGAAUUUUCUUCAAUUAUAUCAUCGUUGCGCCCAAAAACUAAUGACCAAGUAAAUACUAAAGCAUUAACAGAUGGUAAAGCAAAAGAAAAAAGUGGUACUAUAGGUAGUAGUGAAAGCGACUCGUACCUUUUAGGUGAAAUUCAGAAUAAAAAACCAAUUACAAUUCAUCAGUUAAAAUCCUCACACUUGUCGGAUAAAAGUUUACAGGACAAUAGUAAAUCAUUGGAUCAAUUAGCUGCUCAAAAACUUAAAAAUAGCAGUGGGACCGGAAUUAUUAAAGAGAAGGGUAUAACUUCCAAUACUAUUGCUGCGUUCGAUUAUACAGAAAAAUUUGUCUCGAAUGAAGUCGUUAUCAACGAAGUUGACAAAAAGCGUUAUGGCAUGAGUACAACAAAAGAGCGUAUACAUAUACCACGAAAGCUAUGGCGUAAAGGAGCUACGUACCGUGCGAAUGAUUGUUAUUAUGACGAUGAUGGGGAGUUUCUUUAUAGAGUUCCCGGCAUGACUUCAAAAUAAAUCUUUAGACAAAUUUAAGCUUGUUUUUAUCAAAAAUUAUGUUAUGUGAGUUUUUUGUUUGUUUUUUUUUUUUUGUAAACAAUCAAAAUUCUAUGUAUAAAAUAUUAAAAGUUGUUUUAUUUAAAUUUUGUUGCCCCUAUUCUGCAGUUCGAUUCUGUAAAAGAACAAAUUAGAAUUACACAGUUGCGAUCGUAAUGCAGAAUAUGCACAACCAUAAGGCAUUGAAUAAAUUUGCGUAACGAAAUGCAGAGUAAUCUUAUGAUUUAUUUGAAGAACGACGAUUCUUUGUAAAUUUUUAAGUUAACAUUUAUAUUGACUAACAACCUAAUCUUAAUAAAUCUUGUCAUUUUAAUUUCGCCCCAGUUAUGAUUGAAGCUGCAUUAGAAAGUGUCGAUAAAGAUAGGAAACUGUUUUUGAAUAUCGAUAUUUUUAUUUUUCUUUUGAACUGUGUGUAUUUAUUGUGUCUAUAUUAAAAAAUUAUAAUUUACACAUUUUCAAUGGUGUUACAAAUUUGCAAA